CACGAGGAAAUAGAUCUCGAAGCAAAAACAGUCGCUUGUUAUCAGAGUUCAGGUGUAAAGUGUCGAGUUAGACAGUAGAAAUGUGCAGCGUUGUGUCUCUCCUCGGGCUCGUCGUUUUAAUCGGUCCCGCCGCGGAAGCUUUAGACAAUGGUCUGGCUCUGAAGCCCACUAUGGGCUGGCUGCACUGGGAGAGGUUCAUGUGUAAUAUCGACUGUGACAAAGACCCCGAUAACUGCAUCAGUGAGCGUCUGUACAUGCAGAUGGCAGAUGUGAUGGUGAAGGAGGGCUGGAAAGAGGCCGGUUACGAGUACGUCUGCAUCGAUGACUGCUGGCCCUCCCAUCAGCGUGAUGCCCAGGGCCGCCUGCUGGCAGACCCCAAAAGAUUCCCGGGGGGCAUCAAGAAACUGGCCGACUAUGUCCAUUCUAAAGGUCUGAAGCUGGGUAUCUAUGCAGAUGUUGGGAAAAAUACCUGUGCUGGAUACCCUGGCAGUCUGGGUUACUAUGAGACAGAUGCUCAGACCUUUGCUGACUGGCAUGUGGACCUGCUAAAAUUCGACGGCUGCUAUAUGGACUGGACCAUGCUGGGAGAAGGAUACAUUAACAUGUCAAAAGCACUAAACAAAACCGGAAGACCUAUCCUGUACUCCUGUGAGUGGCCUUUAUAUGAGUGGCCUAUCAGAAAGCCUAACUACACAGCCAUUCGCGAGACGUGUAACCACUGGCGCAACUUCAAUGACGUGUACGACUCAUGGAGUUCUGUCAAGUCCAUCUUGGACUGGACUGCUGCUCAUCAGGACAUCAUCGUCCCCUCGGCUGCACCCGGGGGCUGGAAUGACCCUGAUAUGCUGGUCAUUGGGAACUUUGGCCUGAGUCAUGACCAGCAGGAGUCUCAGAUGGCACUAUGGGCCAUCAUGGCAGCCCCUCUGCUCAUGUCUAAUGAUCUGAGAGACAUUUGUCCUCGCUCCAAGGAGCUGUUGCAGAACAGACGCAUCAUAGACAUCAGCCAGGACCCACUGGGCAGACAGGGAUACCACACGGCCAAGGUGGACAGUUUUGAAGUUUGGGAGCGGCCUCUGUCUAAGAACCGGCUGGCUAUCGCAGUUCUGAACAAACAGGAAAUCGGUGGCCCCCGAGGGUUUGUCGUCAGAGCGGUUCCUGGCUGGAGGAUCUGUAACCCCCAGUGUAACGUCACACAGAUCUUGCCUAAGUACAAGGAGAUGGGCGUUCAAACUCCACACAGCAAAAUGGUUAUAUCUGUCAACCCUUCAGGCACGGCUCUACUCACUGUCACUCCGAUCAGCAGCGACUCUAAGAGGAUGCACGAGCUGUACUGGCAAGACACGUCCGUCAAACACAAGCACGCCGGUAUUUUGUAGUCCUGAUGCAUUGUUAUGCACUUUAUCUGCCUGUCUAUAUUCAUCAAGUG